GCGAAGAGCAGUGUUGGCGCCCUGCCUCCCCACACUGCGCCUCCCUCCAAACCCUGCGAGGGACCCUGGGCCGGGGUCGCCGGGUGAGAGGUGGCUUGGCGUUGGGGCGCCGGUCUGGGCGCACAGGUGCCUCGGCGGUCUGGCGGGUUUGUUUACAAACAAUGGGGUGCGGGCUCGGCAGCGCCCCCUGGCGGCCAGUGUGGCCCCGGGGAAGAGGGUCGACCCCGGGGUGCCCCUGCCCCCAAAGUCCGGGAGGGGCGGGGGGGCGGCCCGGAGGGGCGGCCAACCCCAGGGCGCGCGCCCGUUGGGGGCGGCGACAGGGGGCGGCUCGCGGGCCGUGGAGUCUGCGGCUCCUGCGGGCGGGGGCUGCGCCCCAGCAACAGCCGGUUAUUGGCCCCGCGCUCGCCUGGCGGGCGGGGCGGGCGCACGUGGCGGCGGUGGGGGGGGCUGUGACAGCGGAGGGGGGCGUCUGGGACCGCCGUGGGAGCGCGCGUGUGCGGGGUUGUGGAUCUGCAGGUGUCUCGCCUGGGCCCCAGGGAGCGCCAUGGCCCGCGCACGCCAGGAGGGCAGCUCCCCGGAGCCCGUAGAGGGCCUGGCCCGCGACGGCCCGCGCCCCUUCCCGCUCGGCCGCCUGGUGCCCUCGGCAGUGUCCUGCGGCCUCUGCGAGCCCGGCCUGGCUGCCGCCCCCGCUGCCCCCGCCCUGCUGCCCGCUGCCUACCUCUGCGCCCCCACCGCCCCACCCGCCGUCACCGCCGCCCUGGGGGGCCCCCGCUGGCCUGGGGGUCCCCGCAGCCGGCCCCGAGGCCCACGCCCGGACGGUCCUCAGCCCUCGCUCUCGCUGGCGGAGCAGCACCUGGAGUCGCCCGUGCCCAGCGCCCCGGGGGCCCUGGCGGGCGGUCCCACCCAGGCGGCCCCGGGAGUCCGCGGGGAGGAGGAACAGUGGGCCCGGGAGAUCGGGGCCCAGCUGCGGCGGAUGGCGGACGACCUCAACGCGCAGUACGAGCGGCGGGUGAGUGCUGGGGGUGGGGUAGACGGCAGGUGGGACUUCCCGCCGGAGGAGGGGGCGGCAGGCGGCCCCCGCCAGAUGUGCUGCAGCUGCUGCCCCGCGCGGCUGGGUCGCUCCGCGGACAGGCAGGUGGGGGGUGAGUGGGUGGGGGGGAUCGCGCGCCCGCAGAGCCGCCCAGGGACUCCGCGCCGCGGCUGGCAUAGUCGGAGCCCGAGCCAGGGCCAGGGCCAGGGCCGGGAACUAGGCUGCCGCGGAGACCAGCGGCGCGCCCGUAGCCCGCGGCCGCGGGGACUGAGGGCGUCGCUGGGCGGCGCGGCUCAUAUAUCCCGGGCUAUUUAUAGCUGGUGAGUCAGCAGCCGCGCCGCGCCCGCCCCCUGCCGUCCCUCUCGCGCGGCCCGCAGCGCCACACAGCUUCCCGGGCGCCGGGGCGUGCCGGGGACAGCCGGGGCGGGCUUAGGACUGCAAGGGAGGGCUCGGAGCCCCUCCCCGUGGGAGGCCCCGCCCCCAGCCCCUGGCACGGCCCCGAUUUUUUAAAACAGAUAUUCGAAGCCCACAGCAGAGAAUGGGAAAUCACAAACAUCGUGCGCCCACUAGCCAGCUCCGUUCAGUCUGAACAUUACACCCGCAUUGCUUAUUAACAAACCAAACAAAACCGCAGAAACGCAUGUGGUGAAGCUCCUCACUCUCCCCAUCCCUUCCCCCUCCCUGCAUCCAAAGGAAAUCUCUCAAGUUGGCCUCUCUCAACCCCUGCAGGUGUUGCUUUUAUUCCAUAUUUACCAGGCCAGAACCAGGGCUUAGGAUCAUGGGACAGUCUUAGCUUAGCCUACAUGACAUAGUUUUUGUUCCUCCCCAGAAUUCAUUUUUCCCUCAAUAUUAGGCUUCAGAUUCACCAUAUGUUCAGCCAGGCUCGGUGGCUCACGCCUGUAAUCCCAGCACUUUGGGAGGCGGAGUUGGAAGGAUGCUUUAGCCCAGGAGUUCUAGACCAGCCUGGGCCACAUAAUGAGA